AUGUUAGAAGAUAAGACUCUAGGAUAUCCUAGAAACAGUUUGUGUAAAAGACCAGCUAGUUGUAGAAGUUAUAAGUUGUGUAAAAGACCAGCUAGUUGUAGAAGUUAUAAGUUGUGUAAAAGACUAGCUAGUUGUAGAAGUUAUAAGUUGUGUAAAAGACCAGCUAGUUGUAGAAGUUAUAAGUUGUGUAAAAGAUCAGCUAGUUGUAGAAGUUAUAAGUUGUGUAAAAGACUAGCUAGUUGUAGAAGUUAUAAGUUGUGUAAAAGACUAGCUAGUUGUAGAAGUUAUAAGUUGUGUAAAAGACUAGCUAGUUGUAGAAGUUAUAAGUUGUGUAAAAGAUCAGCUAGUUGUAGAAGUUAUAAGUUGUGUAAAAGAUCAGCUAGUUGUAGAAGUUAUAAGUCGUGUAAAAGACUAGCUAGUUGUAGAAGUUAUAAGUUGUAUAAAAGAUCAGCUAGUUGUAGAAGUUAUAAGUUGUGUAAAAGACCAGCUAGUUGUAGAAGUUAUAAGUUGUGUAAAAGACUAGCUAGUUGUAGAAGUUAUAAGUUGUGUAAAAGAUCAGCUAGUUGUAGAAGUUAUAAGUUGUGUAAAAGACUAGCUAGUUGUAGAAGUUAUAAGUUGUGUAAAAGACUAGCUAGUUGUAGAAGUUAUAAGUUGUGUAAAAGAUCAGCUAGUUGUAGAAGUUAUAAGUUGUGUAAAAGAUCAGCUAGUUGUAGAAGUUAUAAGUUGUGUAAAAGAUCAGCUAGUUGUAGAAGUUAUAAGUUGUGUAAAAGAUCAGCUAGUUGUAGAAGUUAUAAGUUGUGUAAAAGAUCAGCUAAUUGUAGAAGUUAUAAGUUGUGUAAAAGACUAGCUAGUUGUAGAAGUUUAAGGUAA